AAAUAUAGAAUCCAGUUGAAACAAUUACCAAAAACCUCUAAAAACCUCUCUCUCUUUUUUUGCCCUGACAAGGGUUUUUUUUUGUUUGUGAAUGCAAUCAAAACUUGAACAAGAUUUCAUCAACAAGUUGUGCUUUUUGAUCAUCUUUGUGUGUUUUUUGGUGAAAGAUCUCUUCUUUUUUGUGGGUUUUUGCAAGAAUUUAAAAAGAUGCCUGCGUUGGUUAAUUACAGGGGAGAUGAUGAUUACCAUACCGGUGGAUCACUCUGCUCAAAAGAUUCAGCCCGUUUGCUUUCGGUCUAUGGACCACCUUGCAAACGUCAACGAAUCAGUGAUUCAUAUUUUAUCUUCUUUGAAGAAGAAAAACAACCAUCAAUCAAUGUCCUUCCUGAUGAAUGUCUUUACGAAAUCUUUAGACGCUUACCCGGGGGCCAAGCUAGGAGUGCUGCAGCCUGUGUCUCAAACCAUUGGCUCUCAGUCCUAAGUAGCAUUAGGAACUCAGAGAUAGAUAAUGGAUCAUCUAGCGACGUUGAGAUGAUCUCUCAAGAGAAUGAUGGGUUUCUUACUAGAUGUGUAGAGGGAAAGAAAGCAACAGAUAACAGACUUGCGGCCAUUGCAGUCGGGACGUCUGGUCGUGGUGGUUUGGGCAAGCUUUCGGUUAGGGCAACUAAUAAAGUUACCAAGUUAGGGUUCUCCGCAAUUGCACGUGGCUGCCCUUCAUUAAAGGUGCUUUCUUUAUGGAAUGUUCCUUCAAUUGGGGAUGAAGCUUUGAUCGAGAUCUCUAAAGAAUGCCAUUUGCUAGAAAAGCUAGAUCUUUCUCAUUGUCCUUCAAUUUCCAACAAGGGUAUUGCCGCAAUUGCUGAAAACUGCCCAAAUUUGUCGUCUUUAACAAUCGAGUUUUGUAAAAACAUCGGGAAUGAGAGUCUUCAAGCUGUUGCCCGAGGCUGCCCAAAUCUACAGUCGAUUACCAUUAAAGAUUGCCCCAAUGUCGGGGACCAAGGAGUCGCUACACUCUUGUCAGCCCCUUCUUCAGUUCUAAAGAAAGUAAAGCUCCAAUCUUUAAACAUAACAGACUUCUCACUUGCUGUGAUCGGACAUUAUGGGAAGUCGGUUACCAGUCUUAGCCUUAUUGGUCUUCAAACUGCUUCUCAGAAAGGAUUUUGGGCAAUGGGUAACGCUAAAGGUCUUCAAUCUUUGACGUCCUUGUCCAUAAUCUCGUGUUAUGGGAUUACAGAUCUGAGCCUUGAAGCGAUCGGAAAUGGAUGUUGUUUUUUGAAACAGAUGUUGCUUAAAAAGUGUUGCUUUGUAUCCGACAAAGGAUUGACAUCUUUCACUGAAGCUGCUGAAUCUCUCGAAUGUUUGCAGUUGGAAGAAUGCAAUAGAGUCAGUCAACACGGGAUCAUGAGUGCUCUUAAGUCAAAACUGAAGUCUUUAACGAUAGUCAAGUGUAUGGGAAUCAAAGAUUUGGCCCAUGAAGCACCCGCUGAUUUGACCCAGUGUGGAUCACUUCGAUCUUUGACCAUCAAAGAUUGUAUUGGGUUUGGAAACACUAGCUUGUCAAUUGUCGGAACCUUAUGCCCACAGCUGCAAAACCUUGAACUUAGCGGGCUUUGUGGAAUAACUGAUUCUGAUCUGGUCCCACUUCUCGAAAACUGCAACGCCGGACUCGUGAAAGUCAACCUAAGCAAUUGCCCAAACUUGACCGACAAGAUUGUGGUGGAUCUUGCUAGGAUUCAUGGUGGAACUCUAAAAACCUUGAAUCUUGAAGGUGGUAGGAAGAUCACUGAUGUAAGUUUGAUGGCAAUCGCAGAAAACUGUGCGUUUCUCAACGACCUUGAUAUUUCAAGGUGUGGUAUCACCGAUAUGGGAGUAUCCAGUUUGUCUGACGGGGUCCAGAUUGACUUGCAAAUCCUUUCGUUGUCAGGUUGUUCCAAGAUUUCCAAUAAAAGUACACCUUAUUUAAAGAAACUCGGCCAAACCCUAGUUGGAUUGAACAUCCAACAAUGCAAUCUCAUCAGCAGUAGUGCGGUCGAUUUACUAGUCGAGAAUCUUUGGAGGUGUGAUAUCCUUUAUUAAACUACAAUAAGUAUGCAAGUAUCGUUUUCGUGUAGCGGGGUUGCUAAGUGGUGGAUCUUUGGCUCUUUGGUUGGUUUUCUAGUCGCAGCGUGUCUGUGACUCUUUUACUCUUGCUUUUUUCAACAAAGCAAGAUUGUUUCAACUAUGGGUCACGGUGAGACACACCUCGUGAAUGCGUCAAGUAUUUUCUUUCAGGUCUAGUCUAGCUUAGCUUAUUGUUCGAGCUAUUUCAUGUAUGGGUCUCUGGUUGUUGUGCAGUUUGAGGGUAAAGGAGGGUGCACCUGGUUUUUGGACUUUGGAAAAUGGCAUUCUGGUGCCAUUUGACAACACUUUGUGGUUGUUUUUUUAAACCAUAGUCCAUGUUUUUUGAUAGGAUUUUAGGGUCCUGUUUUCCCAGGUUGAUCUUCUUGAAUCUUCAAAUUGUGCUUCUUUUAGUGAUCAUAAUGAAGAUUAAUGCUUUUUAUGUAAUAUAUUUGAAGCUUUUUGAUGGUC